ACUCCAUAAAGAAAAGAAACAAAGAGAAAAAAUGCAACUGUUGAAAGGUGGUUUUGUAUUAGUCAUAACGCUAAUCUUGUUCCUAAUGACGUUGUCAGUGGCUGCUAUUCGUAAAGAUCUAUCUUUGAUUGGAGUUAAGAGAGAGAUCCCAACAGGUCAUGUUCCUUUACAUUAUCUUCAAAGUCCUCCUCAACCUUCACCAAUACAUCGUCAUUUGAUUGGAGUCGAGAGACAGAUCCCAACAGGUCCUAAUCCAUUACAUAAUUUAUCAAGUCCUCCUCAACCUUCACCAAUACAUCGUCAUUUGAUUGGAGUCGAGAGACAGAUCCCAACAGGUCCUAAUCCAUUACAUAAUUUUCCAAGUCCUCCUCAACCUUCACCAAUACAUCGUCAUUUGAUUGGAGUCGAGAGACAGAUCCCAACAGGUCCUAAUCCAUUACAUAAUUUAUCAAGUCCUCCUCAACCUUCACCAAUACAUCGUCAUUUGAUUGGAGUCGAGAGACAGAUCCCAACAGGUCCUAAUCCAUUACAUAAUUUUCCAAGUCCUCCUCAACCUUCACCAAUACAUCGUCAUUUGAUUGGAGUCGAGAGACAGAUCCCAACAGGUCCUAAUCCAUUACAUAAUUUUCCAAGUCCUCCUCAACCUUCACCAAUACAUCGUCAUUUGAUUGGAGUCGAGAGACAGAUCCCAACAGGUCCUAAUCCGUUACAUAAUUUUCCAAGUCCUCCUCAGCCUUCACCAAUACAUCGUUAAUUGAUUGGAGUGGAGGAUACCAAUAUCGAAUGGUCUUGGAAUUCAUUGAAAAACCCGAGCGGUUUUAAUUAAUACUACUUAUAUUAUGAUUAGCGACAAAUAAUAUGUAAUGUUUAAUUGACAGAAUAAAUAAAUUUUAUUUUGAUAAAACUAGCAUUAUAUUUUAAUUGUCCACCAGCAAAUAUUGUUAAGCGAAGCCGAGUUUGAAAUGGUAAAACAUUCUGUUAGUUUGUCUUUAUACUUCGUAAUAGA